UUGUUCCAGAGCUUCUUGAAUCACUCUUCAUAAGAGAAAUGGUGGUCACAGUACCUGUUGACAUUCAGGCAGACGAUUCGAAGUCCAACUAUGACAGGGAAAAGGAAGUGAAGGCUUUUGACGAGUCAAAAGCUGGCGUAAAAGGACUGGUAGAUGCUGGAGUGUCAACGAUCCCCCCAAUGUUCAAGCACAAGAAAAAUGGCAUGCCGGAUUUCCCCGUUUGCACCAACUCUAACAUUGAAAUACCGAUUGUUGAUUUCGAUGACAUCGAUAAAGAUGCAAGUUUACGUACUAAGAUAAUUGAUCAAGUUAGGAAUGCUUGUGGGAAAUGGGGUUUCUUUCAGCUGAUCAAUCAUGGAAUUCCAGCAAGCAUUCUAGACGACAUGAUCAAUGGGAUUCGUAGGUUUCAUGAACAAGACUUGGAGGUGAAGAAAGGGUACUAUACCCGCGAUUACAAAACGAAAAAUGUGUUGUAUAAUUCCAAUUUUAACUUGCUCGAGGCACCAGCAGCUUGUUGGAGGGAUACCUUGACUUUCAUUACAGGGCUCCAUCGUCCUCCCAAACCUGAAGAAUUGCCAGCAACAUGCAGAGACAUAAUGAUCAAAUACACAGAUGAAAUGAUGAAGCUAGGAAAAACGAUAUAUGAAUUGCUCUCGGAAGCGCUGGGGUUGAAACCCAGUCAGCUCAACGAUAUGGGUUGUGCCGAUGACAUCUUUGCUCCCUGCCAUUACUACCCAGCCUGCCCAGAGCCGCAGCUUACUAUGGGCGCAACAACACAUGCUGAUAGUGGUUUCAUUACGAUUCUUUUACAAGACCAAAUUGGUGGCCUCCAAGUCCUCCAUGAUAACCAGUGGAUUGAUGUCACGCCUGUUCCCGGAGCUGUAGUGGUAAACGUAGGGGACCUAAUACAGCUAAUCUCGAACGACAAGUUCAUAAGCGCCUAUCACAGGGUUCUGGCAAAAAAGGAAGGGCCAAGAGUUUCAGUUGCAUGCAUAUUUAGAAGUCAUCAUCAUCCAGAGAAUAGCUCUAGACUGUACGGCCCAAUUAAGGAAUUGCUAUCAGAAGAAAACCCUCCGGUCUACCGCGAAAUCACUGUGAAAGAAAUUAUCAAACACAAACACUCAGAUCAAAAGACUAAGGGGACUGCGUCACAAAGCAGCAAGCUGCUGCCAUCUGCGCUAGACCAAUUCAAGGUGUGACCUUUGGUAUUAUAUUAGACAGAUAUUGUCAAUAAACGAUGUUCCAUCGUUUAAAAUGCAUCUCUGUCAAUCACUUAAAUAUGUAGUAUCGUUCUCAUUUGUCAUGUCAGAAGUUGGGUCUGUUUGUUGAAUAAGGUCAGGUCUGUGUUCUAGGUUUGUCAUUCACUUAAAUAAUGUUCAUUGCCGCUUUCAUUUGUCAUGUCAAAAGGCAGGUCCUGAUAUGCCGAAGGAUCCCUAGGAAACAUCAGCCCGAAUAAGAGAUUAAACCUAUCUGUGCCUUUUGACGUUUGAAUUAUUUAUGUACAAUGCAAUUAUUUUUCUCUUCCAGCUUUUGGAUUCAGACAAUUGUCCAAGUAUGAAU